AUGACGGCCAGCCGCCGCCGCCGCCGUGCCCCCUUGCCGGUGGCUGGGCCGCUGGAAGACGACGACCUCCUCUCGGAGAUCCUCCUCCGCCUCCCCCCGGAGCCUUCCUCACUCCCCCGCGCAUCCGCCGUCUGCAAGCGCUGGCUCCUCCUCGUCUCCGACCCCGGCUUCGUCCGUCGCUUCCGCCGCCACCACCGACACAGCCCUUCCCUUAUCGGCUGCUUCACCCACGACCCGAAAGGCAUCUCCUUCACACCUUCCAUGGAUUCCCCCGAUCGUGUCCCCGCCGGACGCUUCUCCUUGCAGCUCGACCACAGAUUGCUCUGCUCUGUCCUCGGCUGCUGCCAUGGCCUCAUGCUCAUCUCCAACAAAUGGAAGAGGCGAAUCGUUGUGUGGGAUCCCGUCACCGGCGACCAGCACCACAUUGCCAUUCCCCAUUGGUUCAAUGUGAUUGCAAACCCGAUCCAGGGGGCUGUGCUUCGUAUGGCGUAUAAAACACGAAGCUCUGGCCCUUUGUCUAAACUUGGAGACGAGAGGAGUACAGCUAGAGAAAGCUUGCUGCUUCUUUUGCGGUAA